GCGUGGCGGAGGCGGAGCUGAGCUCCGGAGCUGAGCAGCCUGGCAACAGCGGUGGCUCCCUGAGCCUGAGAUGGCAACUUGAGCUGGGCGGUGGUGGCACACGCCUGUAAUCCCAGUACUCUGGGAGGCAGAGGCAGGCGGAUUUCUGAGUUCGAGGCCAGCCUGGUCUACAAAAUACAAUGUUGGAAAUGUAUGGCACACCUCAGGCCUCUCCCUACCAAACCGGAAACCAAGAGUAAAAAAGGUUCGAGGAUGGCUUCUGCAUCAGCAUCUAAGUAUAAUUCAUACUCCUUGGAGAAUGAAUCUGUUAAGAAGGUGUCUCAAGAUGGAGUCAGUCAGGAUAUGAGUGAGACUGUUCCUCGACUCCCAGGGGAAUUACCAAUUACUGACAAAGAAGUUAUUUACAUAUGUCCUUUCAAUGGCCCCAUUAAGGGAAGAGUUUACAUCACAAAUUAUCGUCUUUAUUUAAGAAGUUUGGAAACGGAUUCUGCUCUAAUACUUGAUGUUCCUCUGGGUGUGAUAUCAAGAAUUGAAAAAAUGGGAGGCGCGACAAGUAGAGGAGAAAAUUCCUAUGGUCUAGAUAUUACUUGUAAAGAUUUGAGAAACCUGAGGUUUGCAUUGAAGCAGGAAGGCCACAGCAGAAGAGAUAUGUUUGAGAUCCUCAUAAAACAUGCCUUUCCUCUGGCACACAAUCUGCCAUUAUUUGCAUUUGUAAAUGAAGAGAAAUUUAACGUGGAUGGGUGGACUGUUUAUAAUCCAGUUGAAGAAUACAGAAGGCAGGGCCUGCCCAAUCACCAUUGGAGGAUAACUUUUAUUAAUAAGUGCUAUGAACUCUGUGAGACAUACCCUGCUCUUUUGGUUGUUCCCUAUCGGACCUCAGAUGAUGACCUUAGGAGAAUUGCAACUUUUAGAUCCCGAAAUCGGAUUCCUGUACUGUCGUGGAUUCACCAAGAAAACAAGAUGGUCAUUAUGCGCUGCAGUCAGCCUCUUGUCGGUAUGAGUGGUAAAAGAAACAAAGAUGACGAGAAAUACCUGGAUGUAAUCAGGGAAACUAACAAACAAACUUCUAAGCUCACGAUUUAUGAUGCACGACCCAGUGUAAAUGCAGUGGCCAACAAGGCAACAGGAGGAGGAUAUGAAAGUGAUGAUGCAUAUCAGAAUGCAGAACUUUCUUUCUUAGACAUUCAUAAUAUUCACGUUAUGCGAGAAUCUUUAAAAAAAGUAAAAGAUAUUGUUUAUCCCAACAUAGAAGAAUCUCAUUGGUUGUCCAGUUUGGAGUCUACUCAUUGGUUAGAACACAUCAAGCUUGUUCUGACCGGUGCCAUUCAAGUUGCAGACAAAGUUUCUUCAGGAAAGAGCUCAGUGCUAGUACACUGCAGUGAUGGAUGGGACAGGACUGCUCAGCUGACGUCCCUGGCCAUGCUGAUGCUGGAUAGUUUCUACAGAAGUAUUGAAGGCUUCGAGAUAUUGGUACAGAAAGAGUGGAUAAGUUUCGGACAUAAGUUUGCAUCUAGAAUAGGUCAUGGUGAUAAAAACCAUGCUGAUGCUGACCGAUCUCCUAUCUUUCUUCAGUUUAUUGACUGUGUGUGGCAGAUGUCAAAACAGUUCCCUACAGCUUUUGAGUUCAAUGAACGCUUUUUGAUUACCAUUUUGGAUCAUCUCUAUAGCUGUCGAUUUGGUACUUUCUUAUUCAACUGUGAAUCGGCUAGAGAAAGACAGAAACUCACAGAAAGAACAGUAUCUGUGUGGUCGCUAAUUAACAGCAAUAAAGACAAAUUCAAAAACCCCUUCUAUACAAAAGAAAUCAAUCGGGUUUUAUAUCCAGUUGCCAGUAUGCGUCACUUGGAACUGUGGGUGAAUUAUUACAUUCGAUGGAAUCCCAGGAUCAAGCAACAACAGCCCAACCCAGUGGAACAGCGCUACAUGGAGCUAUUGGCCUUGCGUGAUGACUAUAUAAAGAGGCUUGAGGAAUUGCAGCUGGCCAACUCCGCCAAGCUUUCGGAUGCCCCCACUUCGCCUCCUGGUUCUUCACAGAUGAUGCCUCAUGUGCAAACUCACUUCUGAGGACAUCUCUGGCACUACACUUCAACUAGACAAGUGAAAUAGCUGACUUUCCUUCUGGGCAUGUGUACAAAGUAGGUUUAAAGUAUCUGCCUCCAUUUAGAAGUUGAACUAGCAUCUUAGACUUUUGAGUAUGUGCCUUCUGUAAUACAUAUUAUAAGAAAUCUACAGUGUCUGUGGCAGUCAUCAGGAAGGAGUCAAGAGGGGGUUCUACAAAAUCCUCACACUUUUUUUACAAAGCACUUUUGCAAAGAUAAAAGUUAAAUUUAAUUUACCUCUAUAAAAAUUCUAAAUAUACAGUAUGUAUUUUGUGGGCUUAAUUGAAAUGUUAUUUUAAAUCGGGGUGGGGGGUGGAGGGGAGAUUUGUUUGUAAAAUGGAUUUUCCUCCAGCUGCUUACAACAGUUGCUUCGGAUUAUCUAAAAUUAAUCCAAAUGUGAAAGAUGGGUAUUACUGCCAAAGCCAAACUGCACUCUACUUCUUCGUCAGAUUCCAAGAGCAAAGCAUUUAAAUAAUUGCCAAUUUUUAUGCCACCAUAAGUGGUAAGGUAAAAAGAAAGAUGAGCAUUUCAUCAUUUUGAAGUUUUGAAAAUAAAAGGUUCUCCCAUCACUUUUCAAGAGAAGCAUAUUUUUAUAUUAAAGAAGCGAUGAGGAAUGAUUUUUUUCCCUCAAAUCUUUUUGAGCCUCUUUUUCUCAGCUUCGCUUUCUGAAUUACCCCAUGCGCUUGUCUAACACUGAGUCACACUCAGGGUGAAGCGAACCCAUAACAGCACUGUGUGAGGAGCUGGCUGUCUUCUGCCGCUUAGAGGAAUAUGUUUGCAAACAGGCCUCCAGUCGGCUUAUCUGCUGAAGUGUAGGGGCUCCGUCUCCGACGGAUGAGCUAGGGCAGAGCACCUUUCUUUACAAUAAUGCCCCGUGUACAUCUUUAGUGUAUUCUUGAAAGUAUUCUGUUUAUGUGUCUCUGUUUAAUUGGUGUUGGGCUCCCUCCCCCACGUGCGUGCAUGAAAACUGGUUCUGCACAUUCUUACUUGAAGUACUGGGCAAUUUGCUUUUUCAGGUUUUUUUU